CGCUUAACCCUGCGCUCAUUUCAGUCUUUUUGUCAUUGUGGACGUCGCGAUGGCCGAGAUUGAGACCGGAUCCUGUUGCUAACUGCGGCUAGCACCGUGGGCUGUUCCGUUCCGUUGGCCGACAUCAGAGGCCCAUGUUGGCUUGGUUGUUGGAAUAGUUCUCGGUCUUGUAGCACGUGUGUCUUACUGGGUGGAUAAUGCGAAUAAAACGUGUUUACUUUUGAUUGUGAGAUCACCUGAGAAGAGUGACGAUGCCAGGAAGACUGUGGAGUAAGGCCAUCUUUGCUGGCUACAAGCGUGGUCUGAGGAACCAGCGCGAGCACACGGCACUCCUCAAAGUGGAAGGAUGUUACAGUCGUGGCGAGGUGGACUUCUACCUCGGCAAACGCUGUGCUUACGUCUAUAAGGCCAAAAAGAAGACGAGGACCCCUGGUGGUAAGGCCAACAAGACUCGUGUUAUUUGGGGAAAGGUGACCCGCGCACACGGGAACAGCGGCAUGGUUCGCGCCAAGUUCAGGAGCAACCUUCCGGCCAAAGCGAUGGGACAUCGCAUCAGAGUGAUGAUGUACCCAUCUCGAGUGUGACGGCGCCUUAGCAGCUUGUUGUUUGUAAAUAAACAAUAAAAUGGACCCCAUCAGUA